AUGGAAAAUAGUUCCGAUUUUUGUGGAGAAGACAAAGUAUUGAGUGAUACUAGUAAUAGUGUUGUGAGAAAGAAAGAAAAUUCUCUGAGACUUCGUUUAGAACGAGUCCUUAGUUCUGGAGCUCUGAAGAGUCCAAAAAGUCCAUUGUAUACUUCGAGUUCUCAAAGUUCGAAUCCUAAUCAUAGUAGCUCGUAUGUAAGAGAGAGACACUAUUCGUGGCACUUGCGUUCUCCUAAGAAGAAAGCAUCUCGCACAUCGUGUUCGUCGGAAAGUAGUGAUUCACUUUUGUCUUCGAAGUCAAUCGUAACUAGUAACACAAAUUCGCCAAUUAGUCCAGUCGAUCUGGACAAUUGUUUUUCAACAAGUUACGUCGACGAAGGGAGACAGCAGCUCGAACAAUCCGUGUAUUGCGAGGCUGACGCUCGGCACACCGCUGUCGAAGAUGAAAGGCAAGAUGUUCAAGGUGCCAAUCAGGCAAAAAUAAAGAGUACUACGCAAGAUUUAUUCGAGUUGCUCGAAAGAGUGCAGAGUUCGAGGCUCGAUGAUCAACGAUGCGUUCUGCCGCCGUACUUUUCCCAGACCCCAAGGGAGGACAGGGCAGCCUCGAGUCCUGGUAAUCAGAAUAAUCACACUCCCACACCGUCCCCUUCACCGGUCGGCGAUGCACCGGUUGGCAGAGCUCUUAUGGAGGCUGCGCUCCAGCAAGCCACUUCCGGAACUCAGCCACCUCUGGUGGUGACACCGCCUGGAUACUGGGUCGACGGUACCGAUCAUCGACACGCCCUGGACUCAGCUGGCAGGGCGUUACUUCCGGCGCAGCCCGCAUGGCAACCUAGGAUAGACCAGGAUGACACGGCUAAAUGCUAUAGGCGAUUCUUCGUCGGCAGGGAGCACGUGAACCUGGUGGGAAGGGACGGAGAGAACGGGUCGGUCCUCGUCUCGGUGAAGGCCGAGACGGUUGCUGGACAGGAGCACUGGAGGGUCCUGUUGCGACUAAGAGCUGGAUCCACUCACGAAUUGGUACCAGCCACGAACCUCGGACCGAAUCCGUCACCCGCCAAAAUGGUCAAGGCGAUCAAUGAAUCCUUGAACGUGAGCACGCUGAUGCCAGUUGUCUGUUCGGGUGCUGGUACACUGAUAGCACGGUACGACGAGCACGCCCUGGUCUCGAGAUUUAAAUUCGGUGUUCUUCAUCAACGUGCUGGCCAGGUCACAGAAGAGCAACUUUUCGGAAACAGGCAAAUCACGCCAGCCUUCCAAGAAUUUCUCGACUUGCUGGGCCAGAAGAUCGAUCUGAAGGAUCACAAAGGAUAUCGCGGAGGUUUGGACACUCGACACGGCCAGACAGGAGAUUCCGCGGUGUACGAGGUAUUUCGAGGCCGAGAAGUCCUCUUCCAUGUCGCUUCUCUUCUUCCGUACAGUCCAGGCGAUUCGCAACAGUUACAGCGUAAACGACACAUAGGCAACGACAUCGUCGCGAUAAUAUUCCAAGAGGAGCCAACCCCUUUCAGUCCAGAUAUGAUCGCCAGCCAUUUCUUACACGCUUUCAUCAUAGUACAGGUCGUUGACCCUUGCACUCCUAAUACAAGGUAUAAGGUCAGUAUAACGGCUCGAAACGACGUUCCAUGGUUCGGGCCAGCUCUGCCAACGCCAGCCGUAUUUCUGCGAGGAGUCGAGUUCAAGGAAUUCCUCUUAACAAAACUGGUGAACGCUGAGAAUGCGGCGUACAAAGCUGAGAAAUUUUCGAAGCUCGAGCUAAGAACGAGGUCAGCCCUGUUGGAGUCUCUGACAGAGGAGCUUCAAACGAAGACCGCAGAAUUUCUUGGUGGAGCGAUCGGUUUGGGCGGUGCUGGUUUUGCAAUCGGUGGAAAUUGCCCGGUAAGUCCGACAGCAAGCGACGCGUCUGGGUCUGGUAGCGGAGGAAGUGGCUCCAGGUUCAUCGAUACCGUGCGAAAAGCACUGAUAUCGCGCGUUAGAAACGCCUCGACUGAGAGCGUGCCGCAGCAAUUAUCGAAGAAGGGUCAGUCGGAGCCUAGUCCGCCGAGUAAUCGACAAUCGACUACGAAGAUCAACAGUAAACGCUCGGUGGAGCCGUCGAGUCCCUUAGGUUCUCCGGAUUUAACUCUCGGAAGAGAUUCAGAACGCGGAAGCCCUAGUUUAGGAAGUCAGGACAGCAGUUUGUCGAACACAGACAAUCAAGACAGCAGUUUGGCCACUUUGCAGCAAGAUGAAGUCGAUCGUAGGGAAUCUACCACUUCUGUUUGCGCCAGCAAUGACACCACGCUGGCGGAUAAAACUUCUGUGUCUCCUGUUCAGAGACUGACCCACGAGAAUUUACGAAAACAAGAGAGGUCGGAGAAAAAGGAAAUGACCCAACGGGUUAUUUCGGAGAGCGACGACAGUUCGUUGAACAGCGAGCUCGAGCUGGAUCAGGUUGUGUAUCCAGACAGCGACACGGGCCUCGAGUCGAUGAGCUCCGCGGAAACACAUGACACAGCGAGGUGUACGACUAAGGAUGGUGUUUUGGAGAACGAGAAUUUGAGAAUGGAAGUCACUAGGCUUAAAUGCGACAAGUUAGACUUAUUGAGGCAGAAUGUGACCUGUCAACGCGACAUUAAACGUCUGCGAGAGAAGGAGCUACAACUGCAAUCGGAUCUUGCAGCCGCAUCGAAGGAGAUUCUUCGAUUACGAGCUAUGUUGAAAGAAUGUUCGACGAGUAUUCCAUUGGAUAAUAACAAUCAACAGACAUCUACCGUUUAA